AUGGGCGAAAAUCCUUUAAAUUUCCGCACCCGUCCUGAUUACGUACAGUCGGGCACCCGGUUGGCACCCAAGGCUUGGAAAGCUAUCUACAGCCAGACCCAGUUCGCAAGAAAACAUAUUGGGCCGGAAGACUUUAUUUCCGUAUCAAUGGCGAACCGCACCCCUGCAUCAGUUAGCUCGCCACGACCAAGUCACCGCUCGAACUCUAUCAUGAUUGAUGAUAGAACCCUCGACACGCUUAGUAGUAAUGGCGUGAGGAGAGUGAAAUCACCUCGCGCUACUGCCACGCGUGCCGAGAAGAUCCGGCGCAGAGCAAGUCCCAAUACUGCUAAGAAUCGCGUUUCGGGAGACUCUAGUCAAAUUCUUAAUUAUCGUCGCCAUGUGGCUGGGGUACCGCAGCGAGCACUUGAUGCAGGGGUGCCGGAGUGGCCAGAUCACAUGCAUGGGGCUUCGCGCCCAGAAUUACACAGAUAUUACUCAAGCCCAACGCCUAUGACGAGUCCAUCUGCGAAUACCUUGAGUGGGCGGGGCAGCAUGCGGUUUCAGGAUGUUUCGGGGCAAUCGUCAAAUGAUAUAGAAAUGUCUGACCAGAUGUCAGAUAUCAAGAACUUUGCACCAACCCCGGAGAUAGACAGGCGAGGGUACGAGGGGAUGUUUAGACAGCCGGAAAUCAAUCCCAUCACUCAAGAUCAAUUGAUCAAUGAAGUACGACAGAUCUAUUUCGGCCUAGCGAUGGUGGAAAAGAAGUGUAUUGAUAUCGACAAACAACAAUCGGAGUCGAAAGCGGAUUUAUCAGAAUCGCAGUGGCAAGCGUUGAUAUCUAUGCAUCGAACCUUGCUAUAUGAGCAUCACGACUUUUUCCUUGCUUCACAUCAUCCAACGGCUAGUCCUGUGUUGAGACGACUUGCUGAAAAAUAUGCUAUGCCGGCACGAAUGUGGCGCUAUGGAAUUCACUCAUUCCUCGAGCUCUUACGACAGAAGCUCCCGAAUUCGUUGGAUUAUAUGUUAAACUUCAUCUACCUCGCCUAUUCAAUGAUUACGCUGCUAUUGGAGAGUGUCUCGGCUUUCAGGGAAACAUGGCUUGAGUGUCUAGGCGACCUAGCACGGUAUCGCAUGGCUAUCGAGGAAUCUGAUAUGAGAGACCGUGAAGUCUGGGCAGGAGUAUCUCGUUACUGGUACAAUCUAGAUGCAGACCAAAGCCCCGACGUGGGCCGAAUCCAGCAUCAUCUUGCCGUGUUAGCUCGACCCGACAAUCUUCAACAACUCUUCUACUACACCAAAGCUCUGGUUUGCGUGCAACCUUUCCAAAAUGCCCGAGAGAGCAUCGUUCUUCUCUUCAAUCCUUGCAGCGAUAAACCAAUGACGCAGCACACAAUUAUCACGGCUUUUAUUGCAACACAUGGGGCUUUAUUCUCUCAAGACUCAGCCGAGCAAUUCGUUGCUUUGGCUAAUAUUUUCUUAUCACUUUUGCGAAGGGACCUUGCUCGGCUAGAUCGAAAAGGCCUACAAGGGGUCUAUAUGAUGUCUUCCAACUUUGCUUCGAUACUACAAUAUGGCGAAGCUAACGGAAUAAUGGCACUAGAAUUCGCAGCAAAGCAAGGCGAGACAGCAGCCGAGGCACAUAAUUUCGCGCUAAAGUGGACUUCUAGCUCAGGAUCAUUCCCAAGGUCAGAAUCAGAUAUCAGCUCCAAGGGUACAAUCUCGAUCACAAGUCCGAUCUCGCGUCCAAUGUCCUCAAUUAUCCCUCAAGGAAGCUAUCUUACCUUCCACACUCUUAACGUCUUUCUUGAUCAGAUAGACGACCCUGAAAUAUAUCCCAGUGUCCAUACUUCCUUAGCGUUUCUAUGGUGUUUAUGCCUUCGCCCUAAUGCCAUGCAGCAACUCGAAACAAUAAUCCCAUGGCUACCAAUCACCCGAUUCCUCAACGCACUACUUCGGCCCGAGACAAACUUCUCCAAGAUCGAAGACGAAGCAUUUCCUUACUUCGAAGACGGGACAAUACAGCAACUCUCAGAGGACUUCCUCAUCCGUGGUCAGCUCUGGAGUCAAUUCUACUAUCCAGAAAACUUCUUCGAAGAUGCUCCCUCAGAAGACAACAGACCAGUUACUGAGGAGCCAACGACAAUUAUACCAAGGCAACACAGAUGCCUCUGGCUAGGUGUGCGAAUAGCAACGUUCAAUCGCUGGAUUACAUACAGCCGGGAUCAGAAAUUCAUACCAACACAGCUCGCGCAUGAGUACGCGCCUAUUGCGGAAUCUUGUGGCCAUCUCAACAGCAGAGCACUCCCAGGAUCACCAGCUGACCAUAAUAUGGAUGAAAUCUGA